AUGGCCAAACGAAUACGAACGCUAGCGUCUUUGCUGUGGGAGUCGGAUGUGGAGGAUUGUGUUGAUAGAUGUUCAUCACAAAAGCCUGAUGAUGGCACUACAGCGAGACUACGGAUGUUGGAGACAGAGAAUUCCAACCUUAGGGCCCAGUUGUACCAGCUGCAACGUGAGAAUGCUCUCCUUAGGAUGCCGAAGCCCACUCCGCCCUUAGUGCCUGGAGCGAAGCCAUCAGUGGUGGAGCUUCUUCAAACCUGGCCAGAUCAAGCUUGGAUCCAAGCUGUGGGGGACAGUGUGGUUGGCUUGCCACGCCUUCGGGAGGAGAUAUUGCCACAGCUUCAUGGGACCAAUAACGGCAAAGGGUGUAUCUUAUUCCACCUGUGCAAGAAUCCCAAAGCGAAAGCUAGUGCAAUUUUACAACAUGCUCUGAACAGUGUGCUGGAUCUAUCAAAGAAGCACCCAGCUGUGUUCAAGAUUGGCAUUACUUCCAACCCCAUUGAAAGAUGGACACAUUCCAAGUAUGGAUAUGCUCUGGACAAGCGAGAAAACUGGCUGGGCAUGAAGGUCAUAGCUGUGUUCGACACAUCAGCCCUUGCAGCUAUGGUGGAGAGUUUCCUAAUUCACAAAUUCGUGAACACCCCGGGGUGCCGAAAUGCAGCCGCAGGUGGUGAAACGGCAUCACCUGUAGAGGGGCCUCAUUUCACGUACAUUGUCUACAAGAUUUUGCUGCCCCCAUUCCGUGUGGUGUCUUUUGCAAAACCUUAA